AUGCCCAACGCACACUUCCCGCUCUCCGUGCGUGGAUCGACGACGACGACGACGGAGCUCAUCGCAACCAUGGAGGCGCUGCAGACGCGUCUUGUCGCGUUGCAGAAGGGGCAGCCGUCCGCCACGGGGCCAAGCCCCGCGGUACUCUACGUGCGCAUCCGCGAGCUGGCGCGCCACAUUGAAGCCCUCGAGUCGGAGCGUCGCCGGCUUAACUACCAAUAA